AUGGACCUUCAACGAGAAGUGUCGAGACUGUAUCCCACCGUUCCAUUUCGAGCCAUCAGCACUCACCACCAUCACACUUGGGCAAGGACUUUUCAUUCACAUCCGGAGCUCUACAUCCAGCCUCAGACAUCAGAAGAACUGCAAAAAAUCAUUACACUUGCCCGAAGAUGCCGACGUCGAAUAACCGUCGCAGGCUGCGCACAUUCCCCGUCGGAUCUAACCUGUACUUCCUCAUGGCUGGUCAAUCUAGACUGCUUUCAAGACAUACUGGACAUCAACAGGGAUACAAAUGUAGUCGUCAUGCAGGCAGGUAUACGGCUACAUGAUCUGGGCAUAAAGCUGAAAGAGCAUGGUUUGGCAAUGCCGAACCUGGGUAGUAUUGACGACCAAUCAAUAGCCGGUGCAAUUGGAACAGCGACACACGGAAGCUCGACAAGGCAUGGUAUCCUAUCACAGUCUGUUCUAGCGCUAAAGAUAAUGCUUGCAAAUGGCCGGACAGUGUCUUGCUCAGCAGAACAGAACGCGGAGCUUUUUCGCGCUGCUUCCGUGAGUCUGGGUGCACUGGGCGUUAUCACCGAGGUCACCUUUGAGGCCGUUCCUGCCUUCAACAUCGAAUGGGCUCAAAGUCUUCACCCAUUAGACGAGAUAAUCUCGGAUUGGGAGAAAGAUCUGUGGACAAAGAAAGAAUUUACCCGCGUUUGGUGGAUGCCAUACAUGAAACAAUGUAUCAGAUGGAGGGCGGACAAGACGGACAAACCUCACCAUCCACCAGUGGCGAAUUGGUGGACCGGAAAGAUUGGAUUUCAUACGUACCACUUAUUGCUCUACUGCGCACAGUGGGCUCCCAGUUUGCUGCCCCUGCUCGAAAGGUUUGUGAUCAAUGUCCAGUACGGAUUCAAACAUGGGGCUGGCAGUGCUGCUGUCGAAGAAGGGCGGACCGGCCUCCUCAUGAACUGUCUUUACUCACAAUUUGUCAAUGAGUGGGCGAUUCCUCUUCGAAAGGGUCCUGAAGCAAUCACACGUCUGUCAUCGUGGCUCAACGGGAAUGAGGCAGCGUCUGAUAUACCUUUCAGUUCGAAAGGAGUUUACAUCCACGCUCCGAUUGAGGUGCGGGUUUCUGAUACUUCGACUACUGUACCGCGUCCAUACCUGGAUAAUACUAUGCCUGAUGGACCAACGCUUUACUUGAACGCGACGCUUUACAGGCCUUAUAAUUGCGAUCCUCCCUGCCGAGCUCGCUACUACGAGGCUUUCGAGUGGCUUAUGAAGGAGAUGGGCGGCCGACCACACUGGGCUAAGAAUUUCGCUCACGUUACGAGGGAGGACGUGUAUAGAAUGUAUCCUGAAAUGGAUGAUUGGAUACGGGUAAGAAAUGAAGUAGACCCUGAUGGCAUGUUUGUUGGUGACUGGCAUCGGCGACUUUUAAUUCCGCAAGAAGGAGGUUCGAGUUUGCCGCUGGAAGAGAGGAUCACUAGCACCAAGCCUGCAAAGGCCGGUGGAGUCGAUUGGAUUGGUCACAUAGCCGGAAAGAGUCUAAGUCCGCAGACGAGCGAAGAGAGCUUCGAAAUGAUGCAUGGCGUGGAAGCAGAGAAGAGUUUCGUAAUCCAUGGUUCGGUAAAUAGACGGGCUGAUGAUGAAGAUGACGACGAAGAACUAUGA